UUUUGGCCUUCCCGGGAUCCAUACAUCACUCAUACGUACCGUAAAACGCGAAGUACAUGCGCAACGAAAUUUUGAUCUCGGCUAGUCUCUGUAGGCUCACUUCCGCACGGUUAAACGACGGAGCUCGAAGGUGGGUGUUGAAUAUCCAAACAUUUUUUUAGGAGGAUUGGGAAGAGACAUAAUUUAGCAAACGAUACAUAGCCGCUGCUCGCCAUGUUCUUCUUGUUCUCACCGGGUUGUCACUUGUCUGAUUUCGGAAACGAAACGAGURUCGUCAGACCCAACUACCAAUGAGGCUAACACCUCACUCUGUAAGUUAGUCAACAACACGUUAGCUUGCUGCUAGCUGGCGCAUCAUGGCGGACAGCCUGGGAGAGGAGUUUAGCGGUGAUGCCCAUGGUUUAGGCGUCACCGGACAAGGACUGCCGACUUUGGCCAACUCCCUGGCCGACGGACACCCAGGAGCCAGCGGUGUUCCGUCCAGCUCCAACCUGGCCUCUCCUCCUCCCGCCUCACCCGCACAGGCUGGCCUAACAGUGGCUCCGCUUUCUGCUGUCACUGCUGCUGUCGGCUUCGGGAACUCGUACACCCCGGACUCCUCGGUACCUGUCGUGCCCGUGCCUCCGGUCGUGCACACGUCUUUGCCUCUGCCCAGUGUUGGGCUCGGGGUGGCAGGCGGAGGCCUCCUAUCCCAAAUCCACGCCGCCUCCUGGGACCCGACCCUGAGCACAGACUGGGACAACGAGAAGGCUUCCCAGCAGUGCAUCCUGAGGAUAAAGAGGGAUAUCAUGUCCAUUUACAAGGAACCUCCGCCUGGGAUGUUUGUUGUUCCUGAUCCUCAAGACAUGACCAAGAUCCAUGCCCUGAUCACUGGACCAUUUGACACACCAUAUGAGGGCGGCUUUUUUCUUUUUCUUUUCCGCUGCCCCCCAGACUAUCCAAUCCAUCCGCCAAGGGUGAAGCUCAUCACCACYGGACACAACACUGUUCGCUUCAACCCCAACUUCUACCGCAAUGGCAAAGUGUGCCUUAGCAUCCUGGGGACCUGGACUGGACCAGCAUGGAGUCCUGCCCAAAGCAUCUCAUCUGUCCUUAUAUCCAUUCAGUCUCUGAUGACCGAGAACCCUUAUCAUAAUGAACCAGGCUUUGAACAGGAACGUCACCCAGGGGACAGUAAGAAUUACAACGAGUGUAUCCGCCAUGAAACGAUGAGGGUGGCAGUGUGUGACAUGCUGGAGGGGAAAGUUCCCUGCCCUGAAGCUCUGGGGAGUGUGAUGGAGAAAUCCUUUCUAGAAUACAAUGAUUUCUAUGAAGGAGUUUGCAAAGAAAGGCUCCAUCUUCAGGGWCAGAACAUGCAGGAUCCGUUUGGGGAGAAGCGCGGCCGUUUCGACUACCAGAGCCUGCUGGUUCGCCUCCGCGCCACUCACAGGCGAAUACGGGAGAAAAACUUAGCCGAGAACGAUCACGAUAACGACGCUUCGGACUCGGACAGCAGCUCGUCUGGAACAGACCCUGACAGCCAGGGCAGCUCCCAUCCCUGACUCAGUGCAGAGAACCUUUUAACUCUUUGCUUGUUGUUGUUUAUUUUUGUGAUUGAUUGCUAUAAAAGAGCAUCACAGAGAUGGAACAGUAUGCCGAUUCUUUUUAAGCUUUACGAGUCAGGAUAACUACAAGUUGUGUGACUGGAAUCGAGGUUCUUGUGUGUAUUUGCGCCAGAGAAGAAGAAAAUCACUUAUUUUCUGACUUAUUUUACUCAGACUUUCAAAGUGGCUGCCCUGAAACCAGAUCAUUUUGAAAUUUACCGUUCUUUAUUUUUGUGAGUAUGUCUUAAACUUUUGAUUAAGGUAGAAGAAAAGAAGACGACACAAACGUGGUUUGGUUGUUUUUGUUUUGUUUUUUUCACAGAGGAAAAAAAUGUAUGUGGUCACAAAGACAAUAAGAUGGGUCUGAGUGUGGAGAAUAGACUUGAUCCUCGAUAAAUCAGAGGUUGAUUUAAACUGACUGGAUCAAUGGAAGAUGUUUGUGUUCAUUAAAGCGGGCCUUUAUGCAAA